AUGGCUGCACCCACCCAACACUAUCCCCCAUGGCUGACGCCGUCGCAGGUUGUGGUGACGGACGCUGCCGGGGCGGUCUCCACUGAGACGACCAUCGUAUACUUGCCACUCACGUACUUGGGUCCCAGUAUACCCUUGGGAGACUUGUAUACCUACGGUGGAUCAACAUGGCCCCCGACACUCGUCACUGGAUUCCCUUCGACAACGGAAGCCACUUCCCCGACUGAUUCCACAGCGAUACCUCCAACAACAACUACACCCACCUCUGCGACACCCACUCCCACAUUAUCCGAAUCAACAGAGCCAACUUUGGUACCACCCACCGCCACGUCUAUUUCCACCUCAUCCGUAACAUCCGGCACCCCGUCAGAAACGCCGACAGAUGUCUCGCCCACCGGCGGUCUCAACAGGGGACAACUGGUUGGAGUUAUUGUCGCAAGCAUCCUAGGCCUCAUCUUUUUGUUCGUUUUCCUCUUGGCCAUGUGGCUCUGGUGCAAAGGCCGAAGGAAUCGGCGUUCUUCGCAGUUCUACUCAGUCACGCCAAUCGAAGAGGACUACUACAUCGUUGGAGAGGAGAGUCGCACACCCGGAGAAGGUUCACCACGUCACAGCGGUGAGGAAGCUGAUCCUUUCCUUCAAGCGAGAUCCAAUCGCCCCAUGGAAGAGGUCAGCACAGAAAUGGGUUCCCGCCCCGCCGUUCCCCGUGUCCCCGUUCCCAACACUAGUCUUUCGUCUUCCGGUUCCUCCUCCACCAACGGCUCCGGCUAUGGUACAUUGCUUGAGAGACCUACACUCGGCAUAUUACCUCCGAUGUCAGAAGAAGGCGAAUUCGGUCCGGGUCGUUAUCAACUGACGCCAGACGAGAUGCGCCGGUUGGAGAACGAAUCUGUCCUGCCUCGAGAGGAAGAAGAGUACACUGGCGCCUACGCCAUCGCCCAAGACCCCGCUCUUGCUCCGCCUCGGCUAAUCGACCCUGACAACACUUUUGGCGCACACGACGAUAUUCCUCGCCUGCCACCUCAAGUCCAACACCGUGCGCGGGAGUCCGUUGCCUCCAACCCGUCCCUUGGUGACUCCGAGGAUGCUGCGUUACUCACAGCCAGACGAGUUCGAGUUGAAGGAAUGUCCCAGCCAGGGCUGACUGAGGGUGCAGGUUAUACUCGGAGUGGAUUCCUGGACGCCAUUGGAUUGUCAAACCUCACUGACCUCGCCAGGAUGAGUUGGUUCACUUCCGUUAAUUCACCCACCUCUUCUGCACGCAACUCGGGCAAUUCGGCACGCUUCCAUGCAGUCCCUUCAUCGGAUAAUGACGUCGAAACUGGCCGCGGCCAACUCCGUCCUGCAGACAGCUUUGGACGGGUCCGGGACGGCCUUAUUCUAUUUGGUACAGAUGGCGAUCGUCCUUCGUCGCAUCUGAGCUCAACCUCGGCUUCCGGCAAUACCAUCUGGCACGACGCUCAUUCAUCCCUUCCCGGGACACCCCAGUUGGCAAUGCCUCCCCGGGCAAUCACUCCUGCAGACGUGCGCUUCACCGAGCAAGAUUGGCUCUCCGGCUUGGCCCUUCCAACUCGUCCACCUCCACCGGCCUACGAAGAUCCCUUCCAUGACAACAACUCCCGCACUCAGUCACCAUCGCUCCCGGCUGAUGUCGACCCAUUGGAUCUUCCAGCUCCUACCGCCCUGUCGCACUUUGCCUCCACCUCUUCGAUGCCCGAUACCGGCACCGUCAGCAGCGUUGGCCUGUCGAAGUACCCAGUUCCUCCUGGUUUGGAGUACGUUGCCAAAGGCAAGAGCUGGUCACAGGACGGUUCGCUGAGCGGUGCGUCCUCUACCGGAUUCGAUUCAGUCACCCAUCGUGUCCGCUUGAGCGAGAUUUCGGAGCAUGGUACACCGGCCACCUAUGACAUGCUUGAGGAUCAACCUCCCAAUGCGCAAGAAACCUGGCGUUCUUUGGCUUCCUCUCAUCAUACGGGAGGUGGAUUCGGUGAGCUCACCAGGAGGACUACGUUCGGCUUGCCUCAGCUCACGCAUCCGACUGGCCUUAUUCCAUCAGAGCAAGGUUCCUUGCACUCCAUGCGGUCGCACAUCAACCCUCCUUCGCUCCGGUCCACAGGUUCAGCACCAGCAUCCCGCCACGAGUUGGAAGGGUCUCUCAGCUCCAAUUCCUCUCGUCCAUCCGCACACGGCUCGACAAGGUCUGCUGGUAGUGCAAUGAGCUCCAUCGGCCAAUCCCUGGUGCGAGCAGGCAGCAUCAUCACUGAUGGACGCCGCCGCUUCGAUUCUUCGGCACCACCCCACUCUCCGUUUGGCAACCGUGGUUUCCAGACACCACCGCGGGCUGCUACGCCCGGUGGAGUAGGAAUUUUCAAGCAUGGCGAAGUCCCAACCAUCGAUGGAUCUAACCCCUCGCCCAAUCUUGAAAUUCCUCCUGUCCACAAGAGUCCCGGCAGCGAUCGUGCAAGUACAAUCCGAACGGUGACCUCAGGUUCAACCGCCGUUCCUGAUGGACGGGAGAGGACCUUGUCCACCAGGACGUAUGGUGCCUCGAGCAGCAUUGGCGAGGCUUCGGAAGAACCUUUGCCACUAUCCACUCCGGCGCUUUCAAAAGAUUGGACCCCUGCGCACUAG